AUGGACCUGCUGUUCGAGACGGACGCCGGCCCGCUGAUGCUCACGAAUGUCAAGUGCUGGGUGUCAACCGGCAACCUGCCCGCCAACGUCGGCGACAUCCUAUUGAGCCGCGCAAUCAUGUAUAAGUUGGGGUUCGACCCAUGCGCCAUGCUGCGUGAGGCCGCGUCCUUCACCGAUGCGAUCUCGCACACUGGGGUCGUACAGGCCGUGCUGGCCGUGUCCUACGAGCUCGUGGAUGACCUGGCCGAGGAGAUGGACUCAUGUUUCCCCGACAUGGUUGUCGUCGAUGCUGCCGCCGAGACCGCCAAAGUCAAGGUGGUGUUGGAUGCGAAGGUGGUUGAGGCCGUGACCGCCGGCUGCGGAAAGCGACAGAGAAAUACGAACAGUGCAAUGUCAGCGAAGGCGACUAUGUGCUCUGGUCCCACGUCGACGAACGCUAUCACCCCAAACUUUUUAGUCAAGCUCUACGCCGAAGACAGCUUUGCUAUGACUGAAGAGAUCCUCGAACACGUUUCCGCGCAAGGGAUCAUGCUGAAGGUCAAGGCCAUCACGGGACACAAGUUUGCCCCGGAUGUGAAAAACUUCAUGCUGGAACUGCUUUAG